GCGGUCUCAACUGGCGAUUUCCUCAGCUUCGUCCAUCCCGGCGAAAACUCCGGUGUGGUGUGUUUCAAUGGCGCUCCGCGGGCAGACGACUCCGUUUGGACCCUAUGGUGGCUUAUUGGCAGGGUUCCUGAAUCCGGACCGUCAGUCUGAGAACCAGGAGCGUUUGGAGGCUCUUGGUGCAGGCAGUGGUGCCGCAGAUGUGGAGUACGAGCAGUUUUUGAAGGCGAAAGAGGUGCAGCGAGCCAUGUUCGCAGCAGAGAACAAGACCAUCGUCCACCAGUGUGCUGAUACUGACGUUAUUCAAUGCACGGAAGGUUCCAUUGCUUGCAUUGAUGGGAACCAGGCAGCAGCGCAUGUGGCCUACGCCCUCAGCGAUUGCGCCUUUAUUUACCCCAUCACGCCCAGCUCGCCCAUGGGUGAAAUGGUGGACGAGUGGUCAGCCCAAGGCCUCAUCAACUGCUACGGUCAAAAGCUGAGUGUCACCGAGAUGCAGAGCGAAGCUGGUGCUGCUGGGGCGCUGCAUGGAGCACUGAAAGCUGGGGCCUUUUCUACCACCUUCACAGCUAGUCAGGGAUUGCUCCUCAUGAUCCCCAAUAUGUACAAGAUUGCCGGUGAGUUGUUGCCCUGCGUGAUGCACGUGGCUGCACGUGCACUUGCUGGACAAGCUUUGUCCAUCUUCGGAGAUCAUCAAGAUGUGAUGGCAUGCCGUUCAACGGGCUGGUGCAUGUUGGCUUCUGAAUCAGUUGAGAUGGUCCAGUACAAUGCACUGGUAGCACACCUGGUCUCCAUGGAACGUCGUGUGCCCGUGCAGCAUUUCUUUGACGGCUUCCGCACCAGUCAUGAGGUGAAUAAGGUGAAACUUAUCGACUACAACACCAUGAAGCAGUUCAUCAACUGGGAUGCCGUGAAAGAGCACCACGACCUGGCCAUGAACCCUCGACAUCCCCACGUGCAGGGCACCUCCCAGGGCCCGGACAUCUUCUUUCAAUGCGUGGAGGCAGGCAACAGCUUCUAUGACAACUUGGCGGAUCUCUUUGAAGCCAAGUCCAAGUUGGUGGAGCAGAAGACUGGCGUGCGCUACGCCCUCUAUGCCUAUUAUGGCCACCCAGAGGCCGAGUAUGUCAUCGUGGUCAUGGGAAGUGGUGCGGUGACCUGCAGUGAGACAGCCAAGUACCUGCAGGAGAAGGGUGAGAAGGUGGGUGUGUUGAAGGUUCGCCUCUUCCGCCCCUGGGAUCGCACACGCUUCAUGGCAGCCCUGCCGACCACCUGCAAGCGAAUCUGUGUGUUGGACAGAACGAAGGAGCAGGGCUCUCAAGGUGAGCCGCUCUUUUUGGAGGUGAGUACCACCCUGAAGGCCAUGUCCAAGCCCAACAUUGUGUGCAUCGGUGGUCGCUAUGGCUUGGGAUCCAAGGAGUUCACUCCCAACAUGGUGCUGUCCGUCUACGAAAACUUGAAGAAGGACACCCCCAAGCCUCGCUUCACCGUGGGCAUCAUCGAUGAUGUGACACACCUGUCCUUGCCCGUGGGCGACUGGCUGAACGUGUUGCCCAAGGGAACCACAGAGUGCAUGUUCUACGGCUUGGGAAGCGAUGGCACUGUUGGUGCCAACAAGAGUGCUGUGAAGAUGAUUGCCAUGGGUACGGAGUUGUAUGCACAGGCCUACUUCGAGUACGAUGCCAAGAAGAGUGGUGGCGUCACCAUUAGCCAUUUGCGUUUCGGCCCUCAACCAAUUUAUGCUCCGUACAACGUGCGUGCAGCAGACUACUUGGCAAUCCACAAGCCCAGCUACGUGUCGAAUUAUGACAUGACUCGCUAUAUGAAGCCCAAUGGAGUUUGCGUCAUCAACUGCUCCUGGAGUGUCGGAGACCUGGAGAACAAGUUGCCACCGAAGAUGCGAUGUGAUUUGGCCAGCAAGAAGGCGAAGUUGUACAUCAUUGAUGCCACGCAGAUUGCUGUCAAGGCUGGUCUUGGCAAGCGAAUCAACAUGAUCAUGCAGAGUGUCUUCUUCAAGCUGAGCGGCGUGAUGCCUUUUGAGGAGGCCAUUGACAUGUUGAAGAAGAGCAUCAAGAAGAUGUAUGGCAAGAAAGGCGACAAGGUGGUGCAGAUGAACAUCGACGGCGUGGACGCCUCGGUGAGUGGCAUCACCGAGUGUCCGGUCCCACCCAGCUGGGCCGAGAUCGCGCUGCCUGGGGAGGCUGGCGGAUCUACCCAGGCUGCCAAGGGGCCCAGGAAGAUCGUGGAUUUGGCGCCCAAGCAGUUUGCAGAUGGAGUGCAGCAGCCCUGCAACAACUUGGACGGAAACUCCUUGCCAGUGAGCACUUUCGUUCCGGGUGGCCGUGUACCUUUGGGAACCAGCCAGUACGAGAAGCGAGGUAUUGCCAUCAACGUACCCAAGGUGGACAUGGAUCUCUGCACACAGUGCAACAAGUGCAGUCUGAUCUGUCCUCACGCGGCUGUCCGUCCUUUCUUGGCAACUCAGCAAGAGCUGAAUGCAGCACCCAAGGACUUCAGUGCUGGCAGCCGCGCAGCCAUUGGAGGUGGUGUGCUGGACAACUACCAAUACCGCAUCCAGGUGUCUCCAUGGGACUGCACGGGCUGUGAGCUGUGCGUUCGCAUUUGCCCUGCUGAUGCACUGAAGUUGGCAGAUGCUGCCAAGGUCAUUGAGGAAGAAGAAGCCAACUGGAACUUCGCUGUGACCCUGCCGGAUCGUGGUGAUGAGAUUGACAAGACCACAGUCAAGGGCUCUCAGUUCCAGAAGCCAUAUCUGGAGUUCAGUGGUGCCUGCGAGGGUUGUGGAGAGACACCUCACGUGAAGCUGAUGACUCAGCUGUUCGGGGAGCGUUUGGUCAUUGCCAACGCCACGGGCUGCUCGUCCAUUUGGGGCGGCUCCAACCCAUCCUUCCCCUACACCGUGAACUCCAAGGGUGAAGGCCCUGCAUGGGCCAACUCGCUCUUCGAGGACAACGCAGAGUUUGGCUUCGGAAUGCGCAAGGCCUUCAAGCAGCGACGCGACUACUUGGCGAACCAGGUUGAGGACACCCUGGCGGAUAAGGAGGUCCUGAUGAGCGAAGACCUCCGUGCUGCCUUGAAUCAGUACCUGGUGAUGCGCAAGGAGAACAUGCACGACUUGCUGCUUCCUCGUGGUCGAAGUAUCUACCACCAAAUCAUGGAGAAGUUGGUGCCACUUCUGGAGAAGGAGAAGGAUACGCAUGCCAAGAUCAAGAAUCUCUAUGAAUUGGAAGACAUGUUCGGACGCAGCAGCUUCUGGAUUGUGGGUGGUGACGGCUGGGCUUACGACAUCGGCUAUGGCGGCCUGGAUCACGUCAUUGCCAGUGAGGAACACGUCAACAUCUUGGUGCUCGACACAGAGAUGUACAGCAACACCGGAGGCCAGGCCUCGAAGGCGACGCCCAAGGGUGCCAUGGCCAAGUUCGCGGAGAGCGGCAAGCUGACGGCCAAGAAGGACAUGGGACAAUUGGCCAUGACCUACAAGAACGUCUAUGUGGCCAGCAUUUGCGUGCAUGUAAACCCACAGCAGGCAGUCCGUGCUUUUAUUGAAGCCGAUGCCUAUCCAGGACCUAGCAUCAUCUUGUCCUACACUCCUUGCAUCAGUCAGGGAUUCCCAAUGGCCGAGUCCAUUCAGCACUGCCAGAUGGCGGUGGACAGCGGCUACUGGCCUUUGUACCGCUACAACCCCGAAGCGGCUGCGAAUGGCAACAACCCCUUCCAGCUGGAUAGCAGGAAGAUUAAGGGCGACCUCUUCAAGUUCUUGGCCAAGGAGAAUCGCUUCGCGGCAGUGAUGCGCCGCGAUCCGAAACAUGCGCAGGAGCUCGAUGACCGACUGCAAGAACAGGUGGUGCAGAAGAACCACUUGCUGCAGGUGCUGAACAAAGAGGACUUGGAAGGUCAAUUCCACAAGUUGGUGGAGGGUCUGUCGGAUGCCAAGAGCACUGCUGACAUGGUCACGGUGCUGUAUGGAAGUGAGACCGGAAAUGCCGAAGAGCAAGCCAAGAACCUCAUGCAGGACAUCAGGGCCCGUGGGCUCAAGGCCCAGGUGUCCUCCUUGGAUGACUUUGACUUCGAGGAGUUGCCAAAUCAGAAGAUCGUGAUCCUGGUGGUUUCCACCUGCGGCUUGGGUGAGUUCCCUGCCAAUUCCAAACAGACCUGGCUGAAGUUGCAGUCCCAGGACUUGCCGAUGAGCUGGUUGGCUGGCACCAAGUUUGCAGUCUUUGGCUUGGGAGAUUCCACUUACAGCCAGUUCUGCGUGGCAGCCAUUCAGUUCGACACGCGCCUUGGUGAACUGGGCGGCCAGCGCAUGCUGAAGCGCGGUGUGGGCGACGACCGCGAUGAGGACCGCUACUACACCGGCUGGGAGGCUUGGUUGCCAGAGCUCUGGAAGGUGAUGGGCUUGCCGCAGAUGCCCCUGUCCCAGGAGGCACCGGCUCCGUGCUAUCGCGUGGAUGUGAGUGGCACAGGCAAGCCUCCUGUCAGUGACGAUGACAUUGUGCCACCGGGAGCUGCAAAACUGACGCUGUUGCACAACUCCUUGUUGGUUCCGGAGAAGUACGAUCGUGACAUCCGCCAUUAUGAGUUCAAGAUCGAAGGAACCCCUGUGAGCUACAAGACGGGAGACAGCUUGGCAGUAUGGCCCCGCAACCCCCUGGACAAGGUUGAGGAGUUCUGCAAAGAGAUGGGCUUUGAUGCCACGCAGAACCUCCGAGUUUUGCCGAUGGAAGGUGCUCGAAACUGGUGUCCACAGGAGCUGUCGGUGAGACAGGUCUUCAGCCACGUGUUGGACAUCUUUGGAAAGCCAAACCGAAAGUUCUUCGAGACUUUGUCCUUCUUCGCCAAGGACGAGGCCGAUAAGAAGGCGCUGCAGAGCAUCGUGGAGAACAGCGCGGAGGGUCAGGCGCUGUACCGCGACUUGACCCAGGACUUUGCACACCACGCGGAUGUCUUCAAGAAGUUCAAGAGUGCACGACCUCCCAUUGAGCAGCUGCUGAACAUGAUUCCAGUGCUGAAGCCUCGAAGUUAUUCCAUUGCCAGCAGCCACUUGAUGCAUCCCGACAAGAUCCAGCUCUGCGUGGUGCUGGUGGACUGGACUGUGGAGAGUACCCAAGAGUUGCGAUUGGGAGAAGCCACAGGCUACAUGCGACAGCAGAAACCAGGCACCACCAUGAUGUGUGCAGUGCGGCAGAGCGCCAUCGUACUGCCGAAGGAGGCCACCAAACCCGUGAUCAUGGCCGGCAUGGGUACCGGCUUGGCUCCAUGGCGAGCAGUGACGCAGGAGCGAAUCUGCCAACACCGAAAAGGAGAAAAGGUGGGCCCCUGCCAUCUCUUCUUUGGUGCACGCUACAACGCAGAGUAUUUGUACAAGGACGAGUUUGAAGGUUACGUGAAGGAGGGCGUGCUGACGAUGCACACGGCCUUCUCGCGUGAACAGGCCCGAAAGAUCUAUGUGCAGCACAAGAUUGUGGAGGCGGGUCAGGCCGUCCACGAGUGCAUGCUGAAGCAGGAGGGCCACUUCUACGUGUGUGGCUCCGCGCGACAAGUGCCUGAGGACAUCUACACGGCCAUGAAGGAGGUGAUGAUGGCCAACGAGCGAGUGAACGAAGAUGAGGCAGAGGCCAUCUUGUCAAACCUGAAGAUGGAGGGCCGUCUUGUGACGCAGCCUCUUUUUUCGCGGGCGGUACGCAGAGCUGCGAUUGGCGCUGGCCAGCUGCACCUCAAAGAGAGGGGUCCCCGGGGUCCCCAUGCGAUGUCGCUGACUGAAGCUCCAAAGGUCGACAGAUCUUGGCGCGCAUCACUUCAGAUUUUGGACGAGGCGCUAUCCAUCAGGAUUUCUCCUGAUGACUUCAGCUUCAGUGCAGCCAUUGGUGCUUGCAAGCGAGGGCGCUUUGAUCAUGGCCAGGAAGAGAAAGAUUUGAUUAACAAAGAGGCACAGAUCCGAAUCCCUGACGGCUCCGAAAACGAGGGCAGCUUUGUGAUUGGGCGAGCUGCAUCUUGCAACAUGGCCUGCUCCGACCCUGCAGUGAGUAGCACUCACUGCAUCUUGUUUUGUGAUGGGCCAAAUCUGACGGUGGAAGACCGCAGCACGAACGGCACCUAUAUGAAUGGUUUCCGUUUGCCAAGACGCCAAAGCAGAAAAGUCGUUUCCGGCGACAAGCUCGCAUUGGUCAAAGGCGCAGCUGAGUACCUUCUGGAAUUUGCAGAUGAGACCAGCGAGGUCCCAGGAAAGCUACGAAAGCUGAGCAUCCUUGGAGAUGGCGAAGGGUUGAAGGUGUCGGCAAGUCAGGUACUUGCUGCCACACUGCGUCGAUCGCAAGAUGUGUCUCUUACCUAUCGAGACACAGAGCUUGACAGUGACGUCAAAGAUAUUCCCAUGAAGGAUGCAGACACUCCAAGCGAAGUCACUCGUAUUGAGGGAGAUGUGCUCCAAGCUGACUCGAGGCCGUCAAGGACAAGUCCUCCCGCUCCAGCGCGGGAGUCCCACUGCCGAUCACCGUCCAAGCUGUGGCAGUGCGACACGCCGUUGGACCUCGAUGCCGACGCGGCGUCGUUGCCCGGCUCCUACCUGGGGGAGGCUGGCACGCCGGAGCCGCGGGGACGCAAGCGGCACUUGGAGCGGGCCCCGUCGCAGCCAGGGCACCUCUCAGGGCCGGCCUUGUUGCAGUGGUUGAAGAGGAGGCGUUGCGACCGCCAGGGGGAUGGCCUUCAAGAUGUGGAGAUGAAAUUUUCUUCCAGAUCUGCAGGUGAUAGACGGAAAGCAGAGCAACAUUUGAAGCAGCAAGUGCACUUCUUCAAGGACUUUAAAGUGGAAUUGGAUGAAAUCACUUUGCUGUCACCUCCUGAGAUGAUUACUUCCCUCCGAUGUGCCAGUCGAAAAAAGCAAAAGUCUUGCAUGGUGGCGCAAAGCUCUGAAGGCUUUGUGACGCUCCUCUCCUCAACGCGCCUGGUUUCAACUCCUGCUGUAGCUGCUCAAGCCACCGACCAAUGGGAUGCCAUCCACAAAAGUGUUGUGACUGAAGCUGCCAAGGCCUUCACACGCUCCAAGGUCAUGUGCUCAAAAGUCGCCAACAUCUCAUUUCCCUGGAAGACUCAUGAGAUGUUGCAAGAGGCAUGGGACUCGGAAUGUGCUCUUCAAAUGCUACAGGAUCGCUGUGAUCUCGAAGCCGGACGUCGUGUGUUGAUGCGCUGUGGCGGUGCUCAUCCCAAGGCUGGUCUCUUCGAGGAUGCACCGCAGGGCUCCAGUGAGGCCGCAGCUGCCGCAGCUGCCGUGCUGCAAGGCUGUCUACCGGCACUGGCCACUGGCAAUGAGUUUCGGGCUGCCACCUUUCUGAACACUUCGGGCUUGUCCCAAGCGUUGCGCGUGGCGCGGCCUGGACUGUUGGGUACUUGGCAUCCCAUCCAAGUCUCGAGAGUUGGUGGAUUUAGGGAUGUUUUGCACUGCUUGUGGUCAGCUCGCGACAUCGGCUUGGGCGUUUCUGGUCGUUUCGUUGGGCGAAUGACCCAAGCAGCGUUGACCCAUCGAGCGUUUGGAGUGGCUGGCGGACAGGAACACUGCCAGUGCAGUUGUGGGCAAUGGCUGACCAAAGCCAAGUUAAAGGGGCGCAGUUGUGAUAAAGAUGUGGGUAAGCCACAUGAAAAGCACGAUGCGUCAAGCAACCUUAAGCUUUUUUGGCAGUCGCGAGGGGUGCUGGCUUUCCGUGUCUCCUUCAAGCACCAUUCGAAUCCACUCGCGGUGGAUCUGACAUUAGAGGCAGCGCUGGAGUCGGCGACGAAGUCCAUCCUGUGGUCAGAUUUCUGGGAAGCUGCACAUGUUUCCUGCAGCUGGCGCCUGUCUGGUGAAUUGACCCCGCGCCACCCGUCAGAAAUGACCCUGAAACCGCCAUGUUGCGAAGCAGUACCAGCACCUCCUUCUUCGCAUUCACUGACUCCGCAACAGUUGCUUUUACUGGGAUGGAUGCGCGCACAAGAAACUCGAGAGGGAUAUUCUUCACGCCAAGUCAUCCGAGAAGAUCUGUGUGAGACCGACCUCUACUUGGAGUUGCUGGUGGAGCGCGACUUUCGUGAGAAGGGUGGCCUGAUCUUCAGCCAUGCCCAAGCAGCAGGUAGCUCAAUUGCCCACGUGGCCCCUCUGCUCGCAUUGCUUCAGCGUGAGAUUCCAGCAGCACCAUCGCACCGAAGAAGAGGUCGUUGUCUCCUGGAGGCACCUGGAACCUUGGUGCUGGCGCAGGGCCAUUCGCUCCCUUGCUGGAAGGCAGCGCUGGAGCAGUCCGGCGUGAAGGUCCUGUGCAUCCAGAACCAGAAGAGGAUGAGGAGCCUCGCAGUUGCGGACAUCCUUGCAGCUGAUUUCAUUUUGGCAUCCCUGCAACUCUUUAGCACAGAAGGCUACCAACGCCAUUUCGAUGCCUUGGCAAAGCCUGGCUUGGAGCUUUGGUGUGCCCCAGCAGAUCCUGACCUGGAAACCACUGAUCCCCAGCCAUCUGUGGAACCUCCCAGCUCAACAACUCCCCUGAGCUGCGGUGAUGUGGUGCAGCUCCAUGGCUUGGAGAGACAGGCAGAGCUCAACGGCCGCAGGGGCCGGCUGUUGGAGUGGCAAAGCUCCAGUGGUCGUUGGUCCUGUUUGCUGCAGCCGGAGAAGGGCAAGAGAAGGGAGGUGAAGCAGGUUCUGGUGAAUGUGAGGCCCUGUAACGUCAAAGCGGUUCAACGAGGAGAAGGAAAACGAAGUGCUUUCAGCCAGAAGAAACCCCGCCCAGCUGGGGAGUCUCAAGCCAAGGCAUCAAAAUACUACGCGGAGUUGCGUGCACGAGACGACUACAUGGCCAGACGUCAGGUUGACUUGGAACGCCAGAUUCUUCGACUCUUGGAGCAGGCGGCAACAGAAACUUCCGGAGGGAGGGCAAUCGACUUGGCCAACAGUGGUGCGGUUCUGGAGAUGUUUCGCUUCAACCGCUUGGUCUUGGAUGACUGCCACGAUAUGGUCAGGGACCUGGAACAGCUUCUCGCUGCCGGUUCUGCCUUCACGAAUUUGUCGCACUACUUGGCCAAGGUGUCGCCUCUUUACGCAGUUCAUGCCAUCACAGCCAACUCGCGGUGGUGCCUUUCAGAUUCGGAGUGUCUGAAAAAAGCUGGGCAUCAUGUGGUGGCGCCGUUUGCCUCUCUACUUGGGAUCCAAGUUGCAUGGGAUGCUUCUGAGGCCCAACGGUUCCUGGAUUCCUGGGCAGUUGCUGUGGAGGAUGGCCAAGCUUUGAGCUCUCUGGGACAGGUUUAUCGUCCUGGUGUGGAGGAGGUGGUGCACCGGCUGCAGUUCUCGCGAAAGGAACGGGUGGUGUAUCUCUUCCGAUGGCUGGAGCGCCAAUUGGAUCCGGACCUGAAGAAACCACGACAACGAGCUCAACAUGUCCGCUCAUUGCUGCAAUUGUGUUGUGAACCAACAGACGUGGAGGAACUUGCAAAGGAGAUGUGGGCUCAAAAGUGCUUAAAGGAUGCAGAUGUGACUCUGGCAGAAGAGGAAUAUACCGAUUUUGAGCUCAGGCUCCAAGUCUUCAAAAGCCUGGCCAGCCGCGCGCAGGGCCUACAGGGCCUGGAACGUGAAGUGUUGCUGGCCGUGGGCCACAGCAGCGCUCCGCAGCUCCAAACCUUGGCGGACGCCGGGGGCCGGACGCCGCUGGAUGUGCAACUGAGGCGCUUGGCGCAGGAAGCGCUGGAGGGCCCUGGUAGCGUGGAGAGCUUGGGCAAACAACCUGGGCAUUCCGUGAAUUGCCAGGCCUGCGAUCGCCUCACCCGUCCGAGGGAGGUGGCUGCGUCCUUACGCCUGGCCGAGCAACGGGCGCAAAAGGCGCAGGAGAAGACGACGCGAAAAUGGCGAUUGCUGCAGGUCCUGCUCGAGGCUGCCGAGCUGCCUUCACCCGAUACUUCUGCCUCACCUCUGGCGCUGUGUACUUCCUGCGGUGCGCAGACGGCGCGGCUGAUGGCCUGCGGCCACGUGGCGUGCCAAGGGCAUGAGACCUGCAACUGCGAGGGCAAGGAGCUGGCGGUGAGUUUGGACUUCCGGAACUGUGAGGAUUCCUCGGUCUGCUCCAAGAUUGAUGGCAUGGUGCGCACCAUUCAAAAAAUUCUCUCUGAAAAUCCCAAAGUUCAAUGCUUGGUUUUCUCCCAGUGGACCUCGACUUUGCGAAAGCUGGAGGACGCUCUGCGUGCGCAAAACCUGGAAUCGAUCAUGCCAGGUUCCACAAAACGGCGACGUGGCCGUACGGCUGUGAAGUCCAUAGUUCUGCUGACCACUGACUUUCUUUGCUCGGAAAAACUUGGACGACAAGACAGACAGGAACAUGCUGCCUUGGAUGAGCACGCAGUGACCCGACAUGUUUUUCUGGCCAACACUUUCUACACGGCACCCGCCUUCACGGCUGACGUGCUCGAGCAACGAAUCAUCGACUUUGCCAAGACGAGUCAACUUGGGGUUGCCUCAGCAGCGAUCCUUCACCGUUUUGUGAUGAAUGAUACGAUUGAAGCCACUGGCGAGCUGAUUUCAGCGGAGACUGGCCACAAGGCCCACUGUCCUGAGCUGCCACAGGUGGAAGAUUUGAAGGCGACGAAUCGCCUGGUGCAAACGCCCUUGGAAGCAGUGGAUGCUCUCUUUGGGGAGGCGACUUCGGCUUGGACCUAUGAGGUGGCCACUGCGCUAGUUGACCCUGAGGCAAAGUUGCCGGAAGAUGAGAAAGGCCAUGGUGCUUUGAAACUGACUGCUUUGAGUCGCUUAGGGGCAGCAGUGGCAGAAGCUGCCGUCCUUGGCACUGCAGCCAUUGCCGGAGCAGCAGUUGCCACCGCCGUCGCAAACCGCGCACCACCGCCGCCACGGCGUGAAGUCGUGGUGGUCCCAGCAGUAGCCACAGCUGCACCUGUAGCCACUGCAACCCCUGUGUUUGGAACGGCGACUGCUCCAGUGGUGGUUGUGAAAGGAAAAGGAAAAGGAUGGAAAGGCAAGGGCAAAGGCAAGACGGAAGUCAUUGAAGUUCCCCCUCUUGGAGUGUCAGCAGUUGGCAUUCCGGCAUCUGCUCUCUCGAAGCAGGGUGGUGUGACCUACUUCGGUGUGGAUGUGGUGCCAGAGACCGGGGCUUCCUACCGAGUGCAGAAGCGAUACAACGACUUUGAAAAGUUGAAGGACAGCCUCAACUAUAUGGCGCCAGGGUCCAGAGUGACCUCCGAUUUUCCUCCAAAGCAUCUCUUUAGCUGCGAAGGGCCUAAACUUGAAGACCGACGCCAUGGCUUGGAGAGGUGGUUGACCCGUGUGCUGAACGAUCCCCACAGCCGGGGCCUUUGGUGUUUGGAGCUUCGUCAAUUCCUGGAAGUUGGUGGGGUCCACACCCUUCCUGGCACCCUUCCUUCGGCCGAACCCCCAAUUCCAGCAGCCUCCGCACCAGUCGAACCUGAAGGACAAGUCUUGCAGAUUGCGAUUCCUGCGGGAGUCAGCAGCGGACAGACGUUGUCUGUGACUGUGCCUGAUGGACAACAACUCAACUUCACCGUCCCCCCGGGUGUGUCCGGGGGGUCAGAGCUACAAUUGUGGUAUGACCCAGUAGCUGGCACUGUCAGUCCUUUGGUCUGA